AGUUCUGGCAUAAAGCAUGCUUCCACUGCGAGACCUGCAAGAUGACGCUGAACAUGAAGAACUACAAAGGUUACGAGAAGAAGCCCUACUGCAACGCACACUACCCCAAGCAGUCCUUCACCAUGGUGGCCGACACCCCAGAAAACCUUCGCCUCAAGCAACAGAGCGAGCUCCAGAGUCAGGUGCGCUACAAGGAGGAAUUUGAGAAGAACAAGGGCAAGGGCUUCAGCGUGGUGGCAGACACCCCCGAACUCCAGAGAAUCAAGAAGACCCAGGACCAGAUCAGUAACAUAAAAUACCAUGAGGAGUUUGAGAAGAGCCGCAUGGGCCCCAGCGGGGGCGAGGGCCUGGAACCGGAGCGCCGGGACUCCCAGGACAGCUGCAGCUACCGGCGGCCCCCGGAACAGCAGCCUCACCACAUCCCGACCAGUGCCCCGGUUUACCAGCAGCCCCAGCAGCAGCAGGGGGCCCAGUCCUAUGGCUACAAGGAGCCUGCAGUCCCGGUCUCCACACAGCGCAGCGCCCCAGGUGGCGGCGGGAAGCGGUACCGCGCAGUGUACGACUACAGCGCCGCGGACGAGGAUGAGGUCUCCUUCCAGGAUGGAGACACCAUCAUCAACGUGCAGCAGAUCGAUGACGGCUGGAUGUACGGCACGGUGGAGCGCACCGGCGACACGGGGAUGCUGCCAGCCAACUACGUGGAGGCCAUCUGAACCCCGUGGGCCCCACUCAUCUUCAGCGCAUUCCACGGCAUCGCAUCCGUCCUGGGCGCGGCCCGUCCACCCUUCAGUGUCUCUGUUUUUAAAAAUCUGCCACUGCUUGUGAUUCC